GCCUUGGGGUUGUAUAAUGCCUACAUUGAUGUAAUGUUUAAGCCAUCAUGACCUGGUCCCCAGACCCUUGGUUCGCUGCUAGUGAAGUAUCAAAAACAGGUUGUACCAUGAGACUUUGAGGCAGAGAAUUUAACAGAACGGGCUACUGGAGGCACCUCUUAUUCCUUGCAACCAUAAUUGAGUCUGUAAUGUUGCCAGUUAUUCAGACAAGAACAGAAUCAAUUGCUCAAAGACUCUGCAUUUUGCAUCUUUCUUAUUUUCUUCUCUUUCAUUUUCUUUUAUACAUUUGGAAUUUUCCUUGCCUUUGCAAAUGGUGUUUUUCUUUCCAGUCGUUCAUCCAUGUAUCAUCUGCCUUUGCACAAUGCCCCAUUAAACACAUUGAGGAGAAGUUCUAUCCAGUGCCUUUGCAGUGUCAAGAAGUAUUACAGCUAGUGGACCUUCUGGAUGAAGAUGUGCUGUCCAUUAUGACUCCAAUGAUACUGAGGGAUUGGCCAAACACAUAUGCACUCACUAAAUCAAUUGCUGAAGACACAGUACGAGAGUUUGGAAAGGGCCUGCCAAUAGCAGUGGUGCGACCUUCUAUAGUGAUAAGUACCGCACGUGAACCUUUCCCUGGUUGGAUCAACAACAUUUAUGGAGCUACUGGACUCAUAAGGACCAUGCACUGUAAUGAAGAUAUGUUGGCAGAAGUGGUUCCUGUCGAUAUGGUUAUUAAUGUGACGAUAGCUGCUGCUUGGGAUGUAGCAACACAACACAGAUUGAAAUCACAGCAAUAUCUACCUGAAAAACAAACAGGGAACCUUCCAGGUCCAGAUGAUGAUAUUCCCAUCUUGAACUAUGUAUCUUCAAUUCAGAAUCCUCUCACAUGGGCUCAGUUUAUGAAGUUUAAUGAAGGCACGAAAGAAUACUCGCCUAUGAGAGUGCUGUGGUAUUACUGCUUGACACUUAAUAAAUAUAAGAUCAUGCACAAUUUGUAUGCCAUAUUUCUGCACUUCCUGCCAGCUCUCAUUGUGGAUACUGCAGCCAGACUUGUUGGGAAAAAGCCAAUAUUAUGGAAUAUUUACAAGAAGAUCCACAAGUUUGUUGAUGUGAUAUCAUACUUCUCCACCCAACAGUGGAAGUUCACAAACGACAAUGUGCAGACUUUGUGGAAAAGGAUGAGUCCUGAGGAUCAAAAGCUCUUUGACUUCAACAUUGCUAACAUUGAUUGGCAGUCUGUGUUCAGAGAUUCUAUGCAAGGGUUGCGCAUUUAUGUAGCACAGGAAACCACUGACACGAUAGAAGAUGCAAAGAAACGCUACAGAAGGUUGAAGAUUGCACAUUACACUUUGGUGUACACAAUACGCUUUAUUCUACUUGCCACCUUAACAUGGAUUACCAUCAACAUGGUGAUGUGACAUCUACAGCUCUUCAAGUCAGCAAAAUGGAAAUACUAUUGGGUGUAGAUAAUUACUUUCAAAAUUAAUGAGUCCUGCCAUUAUUCAUGUUUUCAUAUAAGAUGAUAAAAAUACAACACAAUUUGCUGUGAAACUCUUAGCCUUGUCAUUGUUAAGAACAAAAUAAUUUCACCACAUAAAACAGACCACUUCAUUUUGUAUAUUUACGUAGCACAGUGAGCAUAGUAACUGACUCAAUUGACUACAUGCUGAAUAACUGGGGUUCAAUCCUCAGCGGAUGCAGAGGAUACUUCUUCCAGCCUCUGCAUCUAGAGUGGCUGUGAUGCCCACCCAGACUCCUAUACAGCGAUUGCUAGGAGGUCAUUUCCCCCAGGGUAAAGAGCGACUGGGGGCAUAAUCUGACAGCUCGUCUUCAUCUACUACCAACUUCAAAAACAAGUAGGAGCUACACCUCUCUCCCAUGCACGUCCAUGGCUUGAAUUGGGGAGUUUUACUUUUAUGUGCGCGUAAUAUUCUCGUAACUUUAAAUUAUCCCUAACAUGGAUAAUUUUCUUAUUAAGAGAAAGAAAAGAAAAAGACACUGAAUACAAAAUGAAGUGGCAUUUGCAAAUUCAUUCAAAUUAAACACAGGUUCUGCAGUUGCAAGAACUAAUGGUAUUGGAAAAAGGUGCUACCAUAUCAAAUUUGACUUAAGUUCAAUACUUUAAUUUUUUAUUUUCCUGCAUUAAAGUUCCUCUGCAUACAGAAAUAAAAACUUCAGUUCCCAGGCUUUCUGAAUAACAAGUCUCUUAAUGUUAUUUGCAUGUCCACAAUUGUCUUCUGGAAACAAUGUAAGUGUCUGAGAAAAAGUUCUCACCAUCAGAAUUCACUGUAUCAUUCUCAUAAUUGACACUGGAAGUAAUAACAAUGCAACUCUUCUCCAGAAGACCCUUUCUAGUUUCAUCUAUAGCUGAACACAGGUUCUUAUUAAAUAAUAAGCUUUAAUAUUUAUAUAACAUCUUGAUUCUUCGGACACAUUAAUUGUUAAUCCUACCAUAAUUUUUGUCCCAAUGCCCAUUCCAAAUCAAGAUGAUUUAAACCCUUCAGCUUUAUCACCCAGCCCUCCUCUUUUCCAGGAUGCUUGCUUCAUUGGGCAAUGCAGCCAGUGAUUGCGUCUCUAAAGACUUCACCCCAGGAACCAGCUCUCCCCUGCUUUUGCCACCAGACCUGGAUAUCCCCGUUCUUCCACCAUCCUGGCUACAAUAAUGGCCUUGGAUCGCACUAGGUCAACAAUAACCAUGAAGAACAACUUUCAAAAGUCCAAAAUAUCAAGUUCCUUCUGGCUUGUGCUUUCAACACAGUGCUGUUUGAUCUAGAUUCAAAAUCUGUCGCAAACUUCUUAAUUAUUUUCUUAAAACUUUGACCUUAUUCUUCCUUUAAAAUGUCUCUUUAUUUAAUUUUGAAUUGUUCCUGUAGUGUGCUACUUUAAAUCUCUAACCCAAAUACCUCAUUUAUUUGUUAUUUUCCCCAUUAAAAUUUUUCAAAUAUAAAAUACCUUAAAUGACUGUUUCAGUACUAUGGUAAUUCACUGUUACCACAUAUUUUGUUACUGUAAAUACAGGAAGCCCAAAAACUCUUGUAGUAA